AUGACAUUCCUUACAAUCAUUAAAAAGAAUGAUAAUAAUCAUCAUUUCCCAAAGUUCUCCAAACGGCAGAUUGAAAUUAUAUCAGGUUUAACAGCUGGAUUCACAACAACAGUGGUAACUCAUCCCUUGGAUGUGAUUAAAGUUAGACUACAAUUAUCAACAAACACAAAUAGUUUAUUAUCAAGAAAUAGUCAAACAUACUCGUCACUUGUGCUAGUCUUGAAGAAAAUUAAAGAAGAUGUAGAUUUCAUCUACUCAAAGAAAUUAAACGGUCAUUCAAAAUUUACAAAUUAUGUAAUUCAAUAUUAUAGAGGUAUUGGACCAAAUCUAAUUGGAAACAUAUCGGCAUGGGGGCUUUAUUUUGCAUUGUAUGCUGAAUUUAAACAAAAUUUAGGAAUUCGAAACAAUUUAACCUUAAAUUUUUUUAGUAGUUCAGUCUUAGCAGGUAUUACAACCUCAUUGUUAACUAAUCCAAUUUGGGUUCUAAAAACUAGAAUAUUGGGUAGUUCAAAGAAUGAUGAAAAGUCUUACAAAUCAGUUUUUGAUGGAAUUAAACAAAUGUUAAAACAGGAAGGUAUCUUGAGUUUUUGGAAAGGAACUAUACCGAGUUUAUUUCAGGUCUUUCAAGCAAGUCUCCAAUUUACCUUUUAUGACCAUUUAAAAUGUUAUUUGACUGUAACUGAUCAUCAAAACAGUAACCAAGGACAGUUAUCAACAUGGCAAUACUUAUAUGCCUCCGCGUUAUCUAAAAUUUCAAGUAUGCUGUUAUUAUAUCCAACUCAAGUAGUUAAAGCAAGGCUACAAAUCAACAAAUCAAAGACAAAUGGAGGCAUUGUGUAUACUAUUAGGCAAUUGUAUUUCACAGAAGGUGGACUUCUUGCAUUUUAUAAAGGCUUAAGUGCUAAUAUUAUAAGAGUUUUACCAGCUACCUGCAUAACGUUUGUUGUUUAUGAAAAAGUUAAAACGUACUUGUCAAAUUAG